UGGCUACAAAAACAUAUAUUUGGAAACGAGCUUAUUCCAUAUGGACAAGCUCUGUUUGAAGAGCUUGAACCGGAAACUCAGGAAAGAGUCAUGCAAACAAUACGCGAAGACUCAAAUACAAACUAUGACAAAAUCUUUCUAGGAUAUAGGUUACCUGAGAUGGGCGACCAGAGCCCAAAGGCAAAAAGGACAUGGGAAAUUUACAACAUACUAGGUGAACAUGAGGCAAAGAUGCAACAACUUGAAGCAGAGGGCAAGUUACCAAAAGCGACACCAAAGAAGAAGAGAAGAGUAGAACAAAGUGAAAGUAGUGAAGAAGUAACUUCAUCUAGUGAAAGUAGUGGCAAUGAAGGAAAAAGAAGAGUUAAAAACUCAGUCAGGAAGAAAGUAAAGCUUGGUCCGAGUGGGUUCUAUUAUGACAUAUAA